CAAAAAUAGAAAUGUUCGCGCGAGCAGGUGAGAGAAGAUCGAGCGCGAGGAUGUGGGGGAUGAUCACGCGCGCGCGAGGGCUUGUAUUGCGCGCAGAGGACAAGUGACGCGCGCGCGAGUGUUUGAAAUUAGCUCGCGGGCUCCCGUUUCCUCGCGUGUAGAUCUGUUUUCCUCUCGCGGAAGUGAUUUACCGCGCGCGCCAGCAUAAGUGGUCAUACUGAACAGCAGAUUGUUGUCACAGUGCUGAUCAAUGACAGUUCAUCUGCAGUAUAUCAGAGGAGCGAGGAAAGAUGAGUCUCUCACAGGAACAGAGUGUAAGAUCAGGCUCACAUGUGUCCAGCUCUGUGUCUGUGAAGAGUGAUCGGUCAAAAGAUGGUGUGCCACCGAAGUUCAGUGAGAAAAAACCAUCAUCUACAAAAAGAGUUCAAUAUGAGACAUUAGAUUCAGACGUCCAGACUCACAGGAACUACAAGAAUUUCAAAGACAAUCUCCUGUGGAUCUUCCAGGAUCUUGAAAGCAAAAUAAUCACAUUUCUGAAAAAUGAGCUGGAAAAGUUUAAGAAAAUAUUACAAAAAGAAGACAUACAAUGCUUUGUGAAGGACUUUAAUGAGAACAGAUGCAGUAUCAAAGAAGCAGCUCUUGAUCUCACGAUCUACUUCCUGAGAGAGAUGGAGCAAGAUGAAGCUGCUGAUACUCUAGAAGAUGAGCUGAUCUUCAUUCAUCAGCUAAAAUGUAACCUAAAGAAGAAGUAUCAAUGUGUGUUUGAAGGAAUUGCAAAGCAAGGUGACUCUACACUUCUGAAUAACAUCUACACAGAUCUCUAUAUCACUCAGGGUUGUAGUGAACAGGUCAAUACUGAACAUGAGGUAAGACAGAUUGAAGUUUCUUCCAGACGUCAUGAAUCACAAGAGAUACAGGUUGAGUGCAAAAAUGUGUUUGAAGCACCUGAACAAGACAAGCAGAUCAGAACUGUACUGACAAAAGGAGUUGCUGGCAUCGGAAAAUCAGUCUCUGUGCAGAAGUUUGUUCUGGAUUGGGCCGAAGGAAAAGAAAAUCAAGAUAUCAGCUUCAUAUUUCCUCUUCCAUUUAGAGAGAUGAACUUAAAGGAGCAAAAAAAACUAAGUUUGAUGGACCUUAUAACUCAGUUUUUCCCAGAGACAAAAGGACUGAACCUAACAAGAAGAAAUCAGUUCAAAGUCUUGUUCAUUCUUGAUGGAUUUGAUGAAUGUCGACUUCCUGUAAACUUUAAGGAUAAUGAGACGCGGUCUGAUGUUUCGUUACCAGUCUCUCUUGAUGUUCUCAUAACGAACCUCAUCAAGGGAAAUCUGCUUCCUUCUGCUCUCAUCUGGAUCACCACCAGACCAGCAGCUGCCAGUAAGAUUCCUCUUGACUGUAUCGAUCGGCUGACAGAGAUACGAGGAUUCAAUGAUGCACAAAAGGAGGAGUACUUCAGAAAGAGAUUAAUGGAUGAGAAUCUGGCCAAAGAAAUCAUUGAUCAUGUUAAACAAUCAAAGAGUCUCUUUAUCAUGUGCCACAUCCCAGUUUUUUGCUGGAUUUCAGCCACUGUUCUCCAGAACAUUUUAGAGGCGAAAUGUAAUAAUGUUGUGAAAAACAAUCAGGCUGAUGAUGCCUCCAAAACACUGCAGGAGUCAAAUACUGAAGACACUCCUAAGACUCUGACACAAAUGUACACACACUUUCUCAGAUUUCAGAUCCAGCAGAGCAGACGAAAGUAUGAUGGAAAAUAUACACCAGAUGUUUCCUGGGAUAAAGAUGCCAUCUUUUCACUGGGGAAACUGGCAUUUGAUCAGCUGGAAAGAAACAAUGUGAUCUUCUAUGACACAGAUCUGGAAGCCUGUGGUAUUGACAUCUAUAAGGCAUCAGUGUACUCAGGCAUGUGUACCCAGAUCUUUAAGGAGGAAACGGGGAUCGUUCUUGGUACCAUGUACUGCUUCGUUCACUUGAGCAUUCAAGAGUUUAUUGCAGCCCUUUAUGCACAUCUGUUUCUAGACAUAAAGCAGAGAAGUAUAUUUGUUCAUGAGUCUACAGAACAGGAAAACAAAAGUGAAACCACGAUUGAUUUGCUCAAGACUGCAGUGGACAAGGCACUCGAGAGUGAUAAUGGACACCUGGAUCUUUUUCUUCGAUUCCUCCUUGGUUUGUCACUCCAGUCCAAUCAGAGACUCUUACAGGGUCUGAUGACACAGCAAAAUGGAAAUGACCAGAGCAAAAAGAAAAUAGUUCAGUACAUCAAGCAGAAAUUUGAAGGUAAUCUGUCCCCAGAGAGAUCCAUCAAUCUAUUCUACUGUCUGAAUGAACUGAACGACCAAACUCUGGUGAAAGAGAUUCAGACCCACCUUAGCAAAGGAAGUCUCUCAUCUGCUGAUCUUUCACCUGCCCAGUGGUCUGCUUUGGCCUUUGUGUUGUUGACAUCAGAGGAGGAGCUGGAGGAGUUUGAGCUUCAGAAAUUCAAGAAAUCAGACGAAUGUCUCAUUAGAUUAUCAGCUGUCAUCAAAACCUCCAAAAGAGCUCUGUAAGUUAAUAUUUUUUUGCUUUCAUCCUGCUUUUCACAGCUGCUUUCAAAUAUUCCUGGGCAUAUUUUUUUGUAAGGACUCUGUAAAAAGCAUUGUGUUUUUACAACACGUUUUACAGCAUUGUGCAUUGUAGACUGUUGAGCACAUGUUCACAAUGGUAAAAGUGUUUAAUCAAAAUUCACUCAGUAAUAUGGCUGUCGCAAUUCGUCGAUUUUAUUCGACUAUUCGAUUUUUAAAAAUCCUCAACUUCAUUUUGCUGGCGUCGACUAAAAGGCAAAAUACCGGAAGUGGUGCAUUUCACGGACGAGAAUCCAUACUACUCAGUAAUGCUUUUCCUUGAAACCA